UUUUAAUGAGCUACAUUAGUACAACUAUAAAUUAUUUUUGUUAAACAAUUUUAUUUCAAAAUUCAAAAUAACUUUUUCAUAUUUUAAAAAUAUCGCUAAAUAAGAUAAGUUAAUCACUCGCCUCAUAUACUUUUGACAUAUGUUAUUUUUUUGGUGCGUAUAUAAACUCAAUAGAAUCCCCAUGAGUUUUUCGCAAUUCGCAGCAUACGAUAUCAAUUUGUUCGUUACAUAAUUUUGUACUAUAGUUUUUAAAUCUAAACUAAUCCACCUCUUCCUGCUUUUUCUUUUGUCCUUUUCUCAUGCUACUCCGUAUUUAGACAUCGACACCAACACUUUUUUUCUCCGAUUCAACUCCAAACUCACUCAGCCUAAUGACGACUUCGAACUUUCUAUUCCUCUUCUUUUCCCUCCUUAUCCAUUUCAUCACCAUUCCCACACGUGCCGACCUCCCCGGCACGUGGGAACUCCUUGUCGCCGAUGCAGGAAUCGCCUCCAUGCACACCGCCGUUACCCAUUUCAACACCGUCGUCCUCCUUGACCGCACCGACAUCGGUCCUUCCCGGAAAAAACUCCCUCCACAUCAUUGCCGUAACGAUCCCAAUGACCCCAUUUUGAAAAAUGAUUGUUAUGCUCACUCUGUUCUUCUGGAUUUGAAGACGUACACAAUUAGACCACUCAUGAUUCUCACCGACACUUGGUGUUCCUCGGGCCAGUUUCUCCCUGAUGGUACGCUUCUUCAUACUGGCGGUGACCUUGAUGGAUUCCGUAAGUUCCGAAAAUUCACUCCUUGUGAGUCUUCUAGUUCUAUUUGUGAUUGGGAAGAACUUCAAGAUGUACAACUUUCACAAGGUAGAUGGUAUUCGACUAAUCAAAUAUUACCAAACGGGGAAGUCAUAAUUGUUGGCGGUCGUGCUGCAAGUAGUGUCGAGUUCUUUCCACCGAGAAAAGAAGGAGCUAUUGAAUUCCCUUUCUUGAAUCAAGCUGCAGAUAGACAAUACGAUAACCUUUACCCUUACGUACACUUGCUACCCAAUGGACAUCUCUUCAUUUUCGCCAACAAUAAGGCUGUCAUGUACGAUUAUACUUCAAAUGAAGUACUAAAAGACUACCCAACACUCGAUGGUGGCCCGAGAAAUUACCCUUCUGCAGGGUCGUCAGCUAUGCUAGCACUUACAGAUGAUAACGGUUACUCCUCUGCCACUAUUAUCAUUUGUGGCGGUGCUCAAUUCGGAGCAUAUUUACAAAGAAGCACUGAUACUCCUGCACAUGGGAGCUGCGGUAGAAUAGAAGCAACAGCAGAAAAUCCAGAUUGGGAAAUGGAAGAUAUGCCAUUUGCGCGAAUCAUGGGUGAUAUGGUCAUGCUACCAACAGGAGAUAUUCUUAUCAUAAACGGAGCUCAAGCCGGAACGCAAGGUUUCGAAAUGGCAUCAAAUCCAUGCUUAAACCCUGUUUUAUACAGACCAAAUGAACCAUCAGGACUUCGUUUCAUGACUUUGAAUCCCGGUACAAUACCGAGGAUGUAUCAUUCAACUGCAAAUUUACUUCCGGACUGUCGGAUCAUGAUCGCUGGAAGCAAUCCACACUUCUUUUACAAAUUCGCAGCAGAAUUUCCAACGGAAUUACGUAUCGAAGCGUUUUCCCCGGAGUAUUUAUCACCUGAUCGAGAAAAUCUCAGACCAGUUCUGGUGGGAUCGCCAGAGAAACUAAAAUACGGUGAGGAUUUUACGGUGAUCUUGACGGUGGAGCUACCGGUGGUUGGUAUUAUUGAGGUGAAUUUAGCAAGUGCUCCAUUUGCAACACAUUCAUUUUCACAAGGACAAAGGCUUGUGAAAUUGAAAGUCACGAGUGCGAUUCCCGACGUUGCCGGAAAAUAUAGGAUCGGAUGUACGGCACCGCCGGAUGGGAAGGUGGCGCCGCCAGGGCAUUACAUGGUAUUUGCUGUAAACCAAGGUGUGCCAAGUGUGGCUAGGUGGGUACAACUUGUGGCUUGAAACUAUUUAUUUUAUUUUUUUUGAAAUUUAUGUUUUAUCAUUGUUUGAUUUUUCUUAUUUCUUCUUUUUAAAAUUUUAGUUUUGGAUACAAAUAUUAUAGGUCUUCCCAAAUAUUUUAGAUUCUGUAAAGUCUGAAGGAGACUGCAGAGUCCAUUAUUUUAUCCUUUCAGAUUAAGUUGGAAAGAAUUGAAACAAAAUGAAGUUGGAAUGGCAAUGUAUAGAUAAUUUUAUGCUAUUUUUACAUGUUAUUUUUCCUUA